AUCCGUUACAUGUGUCUCUCUUUCCAUUUCCUUUCGCAGAGUAAACGAUGAGCGGACAUGAGUGUAGAUAGUCCAAAAUACCCUUUUCCUCGUGUUAGAAAACAUUAGUAUUAGUUUUUUCAGAAAAGUUUAUCUGGUUUUCUCGGGAUACCUGAAGCGUGGUAGUGGUGGAUGAAUCCCCUCGAUUGUAACAUAGCAUUAAACUACCAGAAUAGUAACCACAGCAAUUGGCCGCUGUUCCCCAAACAGUUACCUUCGAAGUGAGUAAAAGUACUCUCUGAGCUGGCCAUUUUCAACACCUUGUCUCCCAAAGAGUCAGGGAAUUAGGGUUAGUGAAAUAGGUUCCAGCACUAGGAAAUGGCGAACGAUACCGGUCCCAAUUGCGUAGCGGAUAAAGGACCUGUGACGAGGUCUUCGAGAGAGACAUUGUCGAAGAAAGUUGCGGCGAGCGCCUCAGCCACUCCAAAUCGCAAGUCAGAGCGGCUUGAGAAGAGGUCUCCGUCGUCGCCUGGGGGCUUGGUGGAUCCGAAGAGGAAGACGGAGAAGACGGAGAUGCCGUCUCCGACUCCGUUGAGGAGAUCUGAGAGAACGAGGAAGGAUUGUCCUUCGGAUCCUCCUGCUUCCAGAAGUUCAGGUUCGGGAACGCGGCAGAAGAAGCGUUGCACUGGGAAGCAGUUGUUGUUUGAAGCCAGCGAGGAUGGGGACGAUGAAGAUGAGGAACGAGGUGUGGAAGCUUCUUCGAGACCCAGAACUAGGAGAGUGACUGAGCAUUGCCAUGUGAAGAAGACAAAUGGGAUGAAUAGGUCAACUGAAGGUGAUGAUGGGGGUGGGAGCAAGAUUGAUGGCUAUCUUAGAAGGAACUGUUUAGAUUCUGCAAACGAUGAUAAGGGUAUUCGGCUGCCUGAAGAUGCCACCAGUAAAGAGACUAGAGCUGAGCCUAAGUUGAGUGAGCCGGUGAAAGAACUGUCAGAUGAUGAUGUGACUGUAAAUCCAAUGGUACCGUCUGAUACUGCAAGUUGUGAGCCCAGUGGGCUACCUGAAAAGGUUCAGUUGGAUUCAUGCAAAGAGGAGAGAUCACAAAAUUUAGGGUCAAGUGAUUUCAUAUCAAAUGAAAAUUUGAUUAGGAAACGUAUUGAGCAUGAUAAGGAUGAAAGUUCAAUAUCUUCUAAGAGAAAAAGAACAACGGUGGCCAUGCAUUCAGAUGCUUCUACUCUGUUAGUGGACAAUGACAAUAACAAUAACAGCAACUUGUUUGAGGAUACCCGCCCGUCAAGGAUAUGCAACAAUGUUGUGGAGACCAGUGGGUCAUGUUCCAAAAGGAUAAGGCAGCUCUCCUUAUCAGAUGUGAAAAAGGACCGGAAGAAAUCAACCAAUAAUGUUGAUCAACCUUCUUCAAAGAUAUCCACUAGGGACAAGGAAGACUCGGAGAGACCUCAAAUGAACACUGUUGAAACUUACAAAAUAAGGAAACAGCAGAGGAGCAUACAUCUUUUACUGAAGCCAGAGAUAGCAAAUCUUUGUGAAAUUCUGCAUCUCCCUGAUAAUGUCAAAAGUAUGGUUCAAAAUUGUCUUGAAUAUACUAUGAACAAUUACCAGAUCUGUACAGAACCAUUGCCAAUAUUACAGGCUUUUCAACUAUCUCUGUGUUUGACUGCUGCUGCUUUGCUAAAUCACAAACUCAACUUUGAAGCUUCCCUUUUGCUUGCAAAGCAGCAUUUGAAUUUUGACUGCAAAAAAGAAAUUGUAGAUGAAAUCAAUUCAAGGCUUUGGGAUCUGAAGGAAAAGUUUUUAUCGCUCAAAGGAAACUCUAAUGUUGCUGGCUGUGCAAAGGCUUCUGAAUCGUCAAGUGGGGCUUAUUCAUAUACUGAAGUGACACCUGAGGCUGAAUUGGUAAAAACUGAUAAUUCUGUAAAUACUAAAACCGUUCAGAAACGUAAAAGCCAGUGGAACAAGCUACUUCUGAUGCAACGGGAAGAGAAGAUAAAGUUAAAAAAAGAUAUUGAGAAUGAAAAUGCUGAAAUUCAGAGAAGGCACCAGAUAGAGUGGGAAGCUAUUCAAUCAUGUUCUCCCGGUAAUUUGACUAACGAUGGAAAGCUUCAGGCUUCCAAAAGUUCUUACAUGAAAAGAACUAGAGAAUUGAAUAGGCAGCAAGAAAUUCGUCUCAAGGAUCUUGAGGUCAAGCAAUUAAAAGCAAGGCUGAUGUUCCAAGAGUCUUCGGCACCAGAUGAAUUGUUAAACCCAAUUGCUUCGAACAAAGUUGGGACCAUGGUCAAAUCCUUACAGAUUUGUGAUCAAGCCCAACAUCAUAAUGCUCCAAAAGUCCUUGUGUCUGACCAUGUUGCUGAAGAAAAGGGUUUCAAUGAUACAGUGGAAGUCAAGGAAAGGAUUGAAUCUGGGGUUGGAUCAUCUGAAGCUCCUGAUGCCAAUGCCUCUGUUGUUGCACCAUUCAGUAGCACAGUUGAACUGCAAACUCGUCUUGUUAAAAAUGCUGAUGAUGAGAUGGACAUAGUUGCUUCAAAAGAUGGACUAGUAUCUGAAAUUAAGUGCAGUAAUAUUGUUGAAAAUGAAUAUGAAAGUCUGGGAAAUAUUAUCUCUAAACAUACCAAAUCCAGAGAGCAUCGUUCUGAUGGAGUUAUUAGAGUGCUAGACGGGGAAGAGUGUGUAAAUAUUAAUCAUGAAUCUCAUAAUGAUUUUGGGCAGAAUGCUAUACAGGUUCUGCCUUCAUAUAAUGAAGACAUACGUCACGGAGAAACUCUAGAUGUUCUUAGUGCAGAGGUGGCUCCUUUAGUCUGUAACACCAGCAGUUCUGAGAAUGAUCUUGUUGAAAUUCCUUCUAGGCAAGGGGAACUAAAUGGGACUAUACAGAUCAAGCCUGUUUGUGGACCAUCAAUAGAAGUUGCUGCUAAUGGUUCCAAUGAUGGUGAAAAGAAUAUGACCCUAUUGAAUUCUCAGUCAUCCGAAGAACAUAUUCCAAGUGUGAAUACCAUGUGCACACCAUAUUGUGAGAAUACUGCACAAAUCCAUGACGCUGAUAACAAUUAUGGUUCAAAUAAUGCUGACACUCUGAACUCAUCUUUGUAUGAUGAAAGAAUUUCCUCCGUGAAUUCAAAAUCACCUCAAGAUCGUAUCCAUAAUGAAAAUGACAAGCACACUCUAGAUUGUGAAACUUUUGCACUUAAUGGCAGUGGUUCAGAUAAUUUUAUUCUUAAUUCUCCUUUGGUUGACGAGAGAAAUGCUGAUAGGACCAUAGUAUUAAAUAGAGAUGCACAUGGGGGAAUACAUGUGGCUGUCAAUUUGACUUCAUCCACUAAGGAAAUAUCUCGAGGUGCAGUAAAUGACUCAGUUUUAAGUAGUGUGUUGUCAAAACCAUGUGGAGCGGAUAGUUCCAGUAAUAAUAGCUCUGAUGCUAACGCUAUUCUUUCAAAUCAAACUUCUAUAGAGAAGCAAAAUCAUGAUGGAGUCUCAUCAAGCAUACCUGUUAGACAAGUUCCAGUUGGAGUGUCAGAAACUAAUGAGAGCGCCAUUGUAAACGUAUUAGAUGCGGAGGAAGCUAGUUGGAUGCCUGACGCAGUCAAUUACCCUGACAAUGUAAUUCCUCAGAAUUCUUCAUCCAUGGAUCAAUUAGCUAAUGGAGGUCCAGUAUUUGAUGACAAUUUAUCAUCAGAGACUUGUACUACAAGCCCAAGCAAUAGCAGGGCCCUACCUGAUGAACACGUUUCUGUCUUGAUGCCUGAAAAUAGCCUCGGAGAGGUUGAAUUUCAAUUGACACACAAUGUGGUGAUUGAUAAAAGUGCCACAUUGGACCAGCAGGAAGGAGUAUGUACAACCAUGACUGAAAACAGUUCGUAUCAGGAGACUCCAGUAUCUAGACCAGUUGAUUUUAUGGAGUCUCUAGAACAAGUGCAGUCUUUAUCAUUUGUGGAGUCUCCUCCUCAUCUGGAUACUACUAGAGAAACACAGAACUAUGUAGUAUCUAGUGUUGUUGAUGUUGUACAAGCUAAUCAAUCCAUUAAUGAUUCACUGGUCAUGGAACCUCCACAGGAGGGGCAAUUUCCUUCUGCGGAUUUCUUCUCUUCCGACUGGGACCUAUCCAACUUGCCUUUGGUGACCAGAACUGAAGAUCAGUCAUACAAUGAAGAUGAUCUCCUCGACCACAUUCCUGGAACAUUGAUUGAGAUUCAAAAUCAAUCUUUUGUGCAACAUCCCUCAAAUUCAGACCAGCAGGAAGGAGUGUGUAGAACCAUGAUUGGUAACAGUUUGUCCCAAGAGACUCCAAUAUCUUUAUCAGUUGAUGAUCUCAUGGAGCCUCUUGAACAAGUGCAACCAUUAUCAUCUUUAGAGUCUCCACCUGACCAGAAUACUACGAUAGAAAUGCAGAACAGUUUGGUAUCAAGUUCUGUUGAUACUGUACCAGCUAACGUAUCUACGAAUGAUUCACUGGUCAUGGAGCCUCCCGGGAAGGAGGGGCAGUUACCUUCUGCAAGUAUCCUUUCUUCCAAUGAUGGAGACCCGUCUAACUUGCCUACAGUGACUGGAACUGAAAACCAGCCAUCCAAUGAAAAUGAUUUACCGAACCACGUUCCUGAGACAUCAAUUGAGAUUCAAGAUCAAGUUGUGCAAUGUACCUCAAAUGUGGAACUUGAUUCUUCAUGUUUACGCCAAGAUGUACAUCCAGCCUCAAAUAUGGAUUUGGUUUCGCAUGUGGUUGCUGUAGUUAGACAACAGUCUUCAAACACAAGAAAUUUGUCAACUCUCACAGAGAUUAAUAAUCAUCCUAUACAACCUGCAAGCCAAUCAGAUUCCAGGAUUAUUCAACGUUUGGCCCUUGAUCCGCUUAAGUGUGAAAUGGAAAGACUACAUCGACUGGUAGAGGAUAAUAAGAAAGACUUUGAAGAAAGGAAAUUGAAGUUGAAACAAGAUUUUGAGAAGGACCUCGAGGAACUUUACAGGAAGUUUGACAUUAAACAUAAGGAGAAUGAAGUUGAAGUACAGAAAAUAAGGAAGGACCUGGACAGACAACAUAGCAUAGUUAAUGUAAAUAUGAAAUUGGCUGAGGCUUGUAGGGUUAAAUCCAUGAAUUUUUUACUAUCUGGUUCACCAAGCAUGCACAAAGAUGCGAGUCCGGUACAGCAAUUAUUUCAGGUUGCAAGUCCACAAAAUGCCACUGCGCCCAAUGUGGUUGCUAGACCAUCUUCUCGUGAGUAUUCUGCAGCCAGCUUGCAGAGUUCCUAUGCUACAACUACCUCACAGACUAUGGUACCACCAAUACAAGCCACGUACAGUUCGCCUGGAACAUUCUCCGUUACUCCUUCAAGACUACCACGUAUCAACCCCCUCACUUCACUCUUGGGAAAUGUUCAAACUGGUGGGGAGAUACGUGCCCCCGCACCUCAUCUCCACCCUUAUAGAGCACCGACGCCCGUCCCAGCCUCCACUUUCUGUACAGUUCUGCGUGGGAGACCAAGUCAGCCGGCACCCGGUAAUAUUCAUGUAACUUCCCCCCCAUUUUCUUACCAGACACCCCGGCCAGCGCCGGCAACCUUUCCACCUGUUCUACACGGGGGGCUUUGGCCACCCACUUUACCUGUCAUUAAUCCUCACACUGAGCCAAACAGUCAACACGGCACAUAUCUGCCAAAUGUUCGGCCACAUAUGCCAGAUUUGCCUUCGAUGAACCUAUCUAAAUGUGACAAAAGUAGUAUAACGACGGCAACCUCAGCUCAUCCAGCUACAUCAUCUGAUGUAGUCUGUUUAUCAGAUGAUGAAUGACAUGAAGAAGUAUUUGCAUAUUUGGCCUAAACACUAGGCAAUUAUAAUCUCUUUCUUUUUCCCUCGUUGAGGGGGCUUCUAACAAGAAUUAGGAAGGUAGAAGUUGUUGCGGUCCGGUGCCGGUGCCGGUUCUGGUACCGUGCUUACCUGUUUCUGUUAUGUUGUAACUAUUAUUUAUUUUAAAUAUGUUUAUAUAUAUGCAAUGUAAUUAGUUUUAUUAGUCUCCUGAAUUACAAUGAAGGUUGUGCUACUUUUUCGGUGGAGCGGAUGAAGGAGUGUUCCUUGAAAUGAAGCGUUGUUCAUAACUUCGUAUCAUUUUGUAAGUUAAAUAUAGAAUACUUGUUAUUGCUGUUUAAAUAAGUGCUCCUCCAGUCCUCUGCAAGCAAAGUAUUUCAUUAAUAGACAA